AUGUACCCUAAAAAGAUUAAUAGAACUGUGCAUGUCGCCAGGUAAAUUUAAAGAGACGAUUCAGUCAAAUCUAUCAUUAUUGAUAAAUUGGUUUAAGAUUAUGGAAAAAAAAAUUAAUUAAAUGUUAAUUUAAUUAUGGCUUAUGUGGAUGACUUUUUUGUAUUUUAUAAAGCAACCGAAGGUGCUGUGAGAGCAUUAAAAGAAGAAAUCAAAGAUGCAACCUUAAGACCUUAAAAUGAGAAGCAAUUAAUGAUCCAAAGAUUACAUCAACGUAUGUCUAGAAAGCUAAAAGAAGAAUAAUUAAAAACGUUGACGAACCCUAAUUGUUUGGCGUAAUUACCUGAAAAAAGUGAAGAGCAAAACAAUUUUUAUAAAAUGCAAAAUAAAACACAAAGCAAUUCGAAAAUGUAAUUGAUGAACACUUUACCUAAUGACAAAUUUGAGGAAAGGAGGAAAUCAAUUUAUUAGGUUGAUGGGGGUUCUGUAGAUGAAUGGGCAGCCAUUAUAAAAUAUGAUACCUUAUAAUUUUAAAAAGAAUUAGAGGAACAAAAGAGACUUAUGUAGCUUAAUUAAUAAAAGAUUAAAGAAGAAUUAGAUAGAUAAGUGGCUGAAAAGGAGUUAAGAAAAUAAAAAGAAAAAUAGGAAGACCAAUAUUUUUAUGCUACAAAUUAACAAUAACUGAUGGAGUUUGAAAGAUAAUAGGAAUUGAUAAAGGAAAAUAAAAAGUAAUAAUUUUUGCAAGAGAAAUAUAUUCGAGAUUAAUAAGUUUAAGUUGAUAAAAAAAUGAAAAAAGAGUAGAAUCUAAAUACUAAGUAUUUAGAAGAAGAAAUGCUUACUAAAAUUAAGGAACAAAUGAAAGCAGAAGAUUAAUAAUAGAAACGAAAGAGACUUGAACAAAAGGAGAAGUUCUAAUAGAUACUGAAGUAGAAUGAAAAUUUGAGGAAAAAAGCAUAAGAUGAAAUCAUAUAAACCAAAGAGCAUGAAAAAUUAUUGCAGGAAGAAUAAUUAAUUAGAGAACAAUUUGAAAUUUAAAAAAAAGAUAAAUAAAAAAAAGACUAAGAGAACAAAUUUUAAUAAUUGAUGAAUAAUUAUAGCUAGUUUGUUAUGGAAAAUAAGAAUGAUCAUCCAUUAUAAAAUGAUUUUUGGACUAAAAAGAAUAGCGAACACAGUACAUUUUUCGAAUUUAAAAACAAGACAAAUAAAAAAGAGUAAUAGCUUCAAGUUUCAUAUGAUCUCUAGUAAUAAAUCCAGGAAAAAAAAAGAAGAUACACGCAAGAAGUAACUGAAAAAAAAUUACUAUUUGAACAACAAAUUUAAGAAUAAAAAGCUUUGAAAAAAUAAGAUGAAGAAAAAAGAAAUAAUAUUCGAUAAAUGUAUAUUCUAAAUUAAGAAGAACUUAAAAAAUAAAUGGCUAAAGGCUAUUUGAGUUAAUCUCCUAAAAAAAAAUCGAGUCCUAAUGAAAGAAUGGUUGGAUAAGAACUACUCCAUAAUAAAAAACUACUGAAAAAAAUAGCAAAUGAUAAUUCUAUAGGAAUAACAAUAAAAAAAUAAGAGAUAUCAAUACCUGAUUGA